CCAGCGGCUUUGCCGUAGUAUUUUCCGCCCGUGGAUCCGUUUGCCUUGUCAUAUUCCGCUCCUAUACGGAUGAGACAAAGGGCGACGGCGACGAACAUAUCGACUGAAAAGCAUCACAAUGUUCAAAAGGUUGGUGAGGGAGCGACUCAUGGCGGCGGCUGACGAAAUCUUCGCGCUGUUCGAAAGAACCAUAGCGUCGUACGAGGAGGAACUUUGUCGAUCGAGAGAGGAGAACGAGCGACAACUACGCCGAUUGGAAAUUGUUAGCAAGAUUCACACUGUGCUACACGUCGAUGACGUACCGCAGCUGAUCGGUGGUCCAGAAGAACGUCCCGCUCAGGUAGAGGGGGACUCCACUUUGCUACAGGAGGCCGCCCAGCCCCCCCGCGUCAAAGAGGAAGAGGAGGAACUCUGGAUCACCCACGAGGGCGAGCCGGAGGAGGCUGAAUUCACCAAGCUGCCACUGACUGUCGUCUCGGUGAAGAUCGAAGACGACGAAGACAAGCCGCAGGCGGACGCCCUCAUGGCGCCGCUAUCCGACAGCGAGGCCGAGGGCAGGGCUGCCGGGACGCUGAGGGGAGAGACGGGCGACGUGAGGCCUCACGCGGAUGACAAACGCUCCGAACACGCCAACGUGGAGGCGGCGCCGCCGAGAGAACGUUUCAUCUGCUCGGUUUGCGGUGAAACCCUUUCUUUCCGGAGCGCUUUGACUCGCCACAUGCGGACUCACAGGGGGGACAAGCCCUUCGGUUGCUUGGUUUGCAGCCGAACCUUUGCUCGAAAGGACAUCUUGAUCGAACACAGAAAGACACACAGCGGCGAGAAAGCCUUCGGCUGCUCCGUUUGUGGCGACAGGUUUGCCCACAAGACCACCUUAAACAGACACAUGAGAAGGCACACCGGAGAAAAACCCUUUCGAUGCUCAUUCUGCGGCAAGCUUUUCUCUCAGAAGAUCCACAUGGUGAAGCACGUGGCGAUCCACACGGGACAAAAGCCCUUCGCCUGCUCGGUCUGUGGUAAAAGCUACGCCCUCAAGUCCAAAAUGGUCACACACAAGAGAACGCACGUGAUGAGAAAAGCGCUAAGGUGUGGCGUUUGCGGCGAUAAAUUCACUCACAGGUUUUCCCUGAAUCUCCACAUGGAAACGCACAAAGAAGAAAAACACUUCAGCUGCCCGGUUUGUGGCAAAGCCUUCUCCCUGAAGAAGAUUCUCAUUGGACACAUGAGGACGCACACGGGGGAAAAGCCGUUCACGUGCUCGCUGUGCAACAGAGCGUUUUCCCUGAAGAAAAUACUGACCGUGCACAUGAGAACGCACACGGGGGAGAAACCCUUCAGUUGCUCAUUUUGCAGCAAAGGCUUCACUCAAAAGGCGCACAUGCUGUCGCACAUGCGGACGCACACAGGGGAGAAACCCUUCAGUUGCUCCAUCUGCGGCGACACGUUCUCCCAGACGUCCACUCUGAAACGACACAUGAGGACCCACACGGGAGAGAAACCUUUCCGUUGCUCGACCUGCGGCGAAAGCUACUCCCAAAAGAGGAGUCUGACGGCGCACAUGCGGACGCAUGGCGGAGAAUAAACGUCGCCGCUCCACGCUUGCACCGAACCAACACGGACGCUGGAGCUCUUCGCUCUCUGGGUGUUUAUCGGCGACGUGGAAGUACACAAACCCUUGAUAGCACACCUCCAAAGGGCAGGAAACGUAUGUCUGCUGGAUGAGGUCUCUGUCCUAUUUUAGCCAAUAAAUGUGGUAACGUUGGAUCGAUGUCCAGGAACCUGUAAUGUUUGCGAUGGUCUAAUCCAGAGCUGGCCAAAGCGCUGCCCGGGAUUCCAAGAAUAGAAUUUAACAAGCAAACUAAAAAAAAUUGAAAAAUCAGUCCAAAGUCGGCAUUCUCUGAGAAUAAUGUCAUACAAAGAGGAAAAAUAACCUCAAUUCAGUCGAAUGAAGGUGAUGUAUUGAAGUCAUACGAGCAAAAUAUGAGUUUGUCUACAGAACCUUGCCGAACGUGUCUACUCCGAUUCUCAAUCGGUGAACGGCAGACAUGAUAUUCUCCAUCAGCCAACUCCAGGAGAACAGAACAUGGUAUGUCGCCUUCAUCAUCACCAAAGCUUUGAUCUGGUCAGCAGACAGGACCUUGUCAAUAUCCUCCCAAAGAUCGGAAGCCCACCAAAAUUAGUCAGCCUUCUCUGGAAAAAAAGACAACCCUGGUCUAAUCUGUCCUAAAGUCAUCCGAAUUGUGUCAACUUCUGGCCAAAAGGAUUGAAAAACUGGAAAACGACCCUGCGGUGAUGACGUGCUCGUGAUUGACGUCCAUUGACUCCAUUGAGACACCAAGACUCGCUGGCAAGACAGCUAAUGGCAGCGCGGUGGGGGGGUUAACGGAGACAUCGCUGGCGCAGCACUGCUGCCAUCUGGUGGCAGAAUUGAAGACUUGCUUGAGAAGGAAACCGCUUAGAAAUUGUCUGUGCACUAAUACAACAAUGUUUUUCUUUAAUGUUGUCCCUCCCUAGUAUAUCGUGGUUUGAGUCAAUAUUGUUGGCUGCUUUUCUUCCAGUGUCUUCCCACCAUUCCAUGUGCUUUUAUUGACGAGGUCUUGUUGACAUUCCAAAAUUCCACAUUCCAUUUUCAAUUCCAACCAAGUCAACAUGUCUUAUUAUCAACCUCACUUUUUGGCUUUCCCCCUUUUUUCCAGGGGUCACCACAGCAAGACAAAUCAUCUUCCUGAUGCAACCCAGGCCAGGAAUCAAACCAUGAAAGGUACGCUUGUACCAUUAAAGGAUCCCUGACAUGAUACAUCAACUUUGCUCAAAUGUGUUAUAGUAUAUUGUUUGACGUGAAGGAGCACAAAGAGACGUCCGCAGAGGAUGCUGGGUGGACAGAAGACCAGCCCAAUAUCUCAUACGCUUCUGUUGCGUGGAGAUCUGGUCCACAAGUGAGAUUGCUGGGAUGCAUUCAGGAUUCAUGGAGAUUUUAACAACCCUUCCCGAUCUCUUCACAGGCAAUGAACUCAAAGAUUUUGUAUGCAUUUACUGAAAAUGUGCUGAAAGAUCAAUACGUGCACAACAACAAACAAUCUACAAGACCGGAGACCAAACACCAUUUCCAAACUCCAGCUGGGACUAUUUGCAUUCAGUUCAGGAGCGAACAAACAAACAAACAAACGAUCACACAGGAGAGGAAUCCAUUCACGACGAGAUCAACCAACUUCGCAUUACCAUUCAAUCACUUGUUGGACUUCAACUCAUCUUCUACAUCUCCAGCAGCUAAUUUUAUGAGAAAGUCUAAAUAGUCACAUGUGAUGUUGAAUGUUUCUGUGUACUUUUCACAUCCAACCCUGAAGGGACUGCUUGCAACCUAACCAGGCCAACUUUGGGCGCUUUGUAACUUAGGAAGUUGUUGUAGUAAUACAUCUUGUAAGCCCCGCCCCAGCUAUGUUAGAUCACUCAGUUUAGCUGCAAAAUGUUAGCUAUCAUUGAAUCUAUUCCAGAUUGUCAGUCAAUAUCAGAUCAUUCUGAUGCCAAUUGGGACAACUCAAUGGUUUCUCUUUGAAAGCACCAUGGCUAACAUGCUGACGUUCUUCCAUUUCUUGGCUGACCUUGAGAGUUGCAAACAGUCCCUUGAAAUAUUUCUAUAUUACACAGUUUGACUCAGUGGGGGCGUCACCCUACAUGACGAUGGCUUCAUGAUUGGACGGUUUCUAGUGAGCGUCCAAAACAAUGUAUGCUUCAAAUGCUGCCUGGCCCACUGGCACUCCGUAUCGAUGACUAAAUAACAAUACGAACUAUAUAACACGUAUUCUCAUCCGCGGUAGCAAGACAAGGUGGUCUGAUUGGCUUCUGGCUGCCCCGUUCCUGCCCGACACCCCGUGACACCCCCAUGAUCUUUUCCCAUAACGAUAUAACGAUAUAGCCAUUCAUGGUAUUCCAAUACGUGCUACUGGAUGUUGGAAUUUUCUUUGGAAUCAAUCAAGUAUGGUUGGCACAAGUGGUCUCCCAAUGCUUAUCACCCACCCCCAAUUACCCACCCACCCCCAUGAAAGUUACAUAGCCAUAUUUAAAUACCCCAAUCCCCCGCCCCUCCACACCGUCUUCUAUGCUCCACUAGGGUAACUGCUUCAGUUGUGCUGUGAAUUAUUGACUUUUACUGGAGGCACGCGGAUUUGGAAGUCAUGCGGGAAUCUGGUAUCAUACUUUCCGGGGACCAUGACACCUGUACGGUUCAAGUACCAUUUGACGCCUUUCAGCACAAACUGGAUGGGACAACAUCGCUUGACCUGUUGACCUGUGUGUCCGCAUGUGUACGGUCAGAUUGCUCUGCCGACGGAACGCUUUAGGGCAGAGUGAACAGGAGUAUGGUUUUUCCCCCGUGUGCGUCCUCAUGUGUGAUGCCACGUUUGCCCUCUCAGAGAAGCUUUUACCACAAACGGAACAACUGAAAGGUUUUUCUCCAGUGUGUGUUCUUUGGUGUCCGCGCAGAGACACCUUGGUGCUGAACGCUUUGCCACAAAUUGAGCAACAGAAAGGUUUUUCUCCAGUGUGCGUCCGCAUGUGAGAUACCACAUGUAAAUUUCGAGAGAAACCUUGACCACAGACGGAGCAGCGAAAAGGCUUUUCCCCAUUGUGCAUGCGCGUGUGAGCUGUCAACUUGGCCGGCUGAGUAAACGAUUUUGCACAAAUUGGACAGGAGUAAGCUUUGUGUGUUGCCACGUGUUUGGUCAUGUUUGACUUUUGGGAGAAGCCUUUACCGCAAACCGAGCAGCAGAAAGGUUUCUCUCCAGUGUGUGUUCGCAUGUGAUUUACAAUACUUGACUUUUCAGUGAAUCUUUCGCCACAAACGGAACAACUGAACGGUUUUUCUCCGGUGUGCUUUCUCCUGUGUUUCAACAUGUUGGACUUCUGGAAGAAUCUUUCGCCACAAGCGGAACAACUAAAAGGUUUCUCUCCAGUGUGUGCCUGCGUGUGUUUUACCAUAUUUGACUUGUCAGAGAAUCU